AUGACGCGUUCUGCGGCCCUGAAAAGAUCUCCGGAUGACGAUAAAAACUCAUCCGACCAUGGUUCAUUGUCCGAAGAGAGGAUCCCGAAAAAGAGGGUCAGAAGAAAAGCCAGUCUAAGAACAUCGACACUCAUCAAAGCGGCAAGGCCAAGAGCCACUAAGCAUCAGUCAGCGUCCCCCUCAACAGACACUGAAGAAUUUAAGGCUAAAUAUAGACAGCUGGAAAAGCUCAAUGAAGGAGGAUGUGGAUGUGUGUUUGCUGGCCAGCGCAAAGCAGAUAAGCUACCUGUUGCCAUUAAACGCAUCCCCAACAAAUACAUCUACUGCACACAUGUGGACAAGGAUGGGAAGCAGAUCUCCAUAGAGGUUGCCGUCAUGUUAAAGCUGGCGGCCGAUUCAGAGGCGGCAUCACCACACAUUUCCAUGCUGGACUGGUACCAGUUGGACAAGGAGCUGAUCCUGGUUCUGGAGAGGCCGAUGCCUGCUGUCGAUUUCAAUAACUAUCUCAUAAAAAAAGGAGGAUUCUUGAGAGAAGAAGAAGCCAAGGUCAUACUCAGGCAGCUUGUCGACGCAGCAAUUGAUCUCAAAAACAAGAACAUUUUCCACCGAGACAUAAAGCCAGAGAACAUGCUAAUUGAGACGAGCUCGGAGGUGCCGCGCGUUCGCCUCAUUGACUUUGGUCUCAGCAGUUUCAAUGAGAGUGAUGCGUUUUAUGAGACCUUCUACGGUACUCUGAUCACCCCAGAGGUUUUCUGGAAUAGGAGCUACAGAGCCGAACCAACCACAGUGUACCAGAUCGGAGCGGUCGCAUUCAAGGCAGUGGACGUAGAGGACGUUUUCAACACCGUUAGGCUGCUGAGGAGGCAUCAGAAAAUUCCCAAAUUUAUCUCCAAAAACUGCAACGACUUCAUUCAGACAUGUUUGACUGUCGACGCCGAUGACCGUCCCACGUUGGAGCAGCUCAAGAUCCACCCAUGGCUCAGAUAG